ACGUGGAGUUCUUUCAUGGUCUUUGUUCAAGAUAUAUAUAUAGCUCUAAGAUAAUAGAGUGAAUUUGAUGCAUUUGGUAAAUAUAAAUUUCUUUGGAAUAACUUGGUCAACUAAAUAAACUAUCUUAGUACAAAAUUUCUUCUUGGCAAAUUCAUCAUCGAAGCGCGUAACCCGACCAGGCAAAAGCGCGUAACCCGACCACCCACUAUUAGCGGCGACGUCGCCGCAAAUAGUGGGUCCCAUAGGUUAGACUGCAACAUUCAAAGCCACAGAAUCACGUGCAAUGGGCCCCACUAUUAGCGGCGACGUCGCCGCAAAUAGUGGGCCCCCCACUGCGUUACAUCGUUUUAAACGACGCACUCUCGUCUUCUCCCUAUUGUUCUUCCUUCUCCUUCUCCGUAAGAACACUCCCUCUCUUCCUCCAUAAUUUCCUUUCUUCUCCAUAUAAUAACUUUUUUUAUUUACAAAAUCCGGCCAUCUAUCCCCUCAUCCUCGUUAUCAACAAUCCUUUUUACACCACCCACGUUUUUCGGCGUCCCGGAGUCCAUUUUCAGGCGCGGUUUUAGCGGCGACUUUUUUCCGGCGAAUAAGUUUUCCGGCCAACCAGUUUUGCGGGGAACGUUUUUUCCAGUGAUAUACGGCAAACCAGUUUUGGGGAAUUCCGGCGAACUCCGGGGAUCCAGUUUUCCGGCGACCCAGUCAGUCCAGUUUUUGUUCUACUCAUUUUUCCGGUGAACCAGUUUUCAGACGAGGACAUUUGAACGAUAUGAACUUAUUAUGAAGUAUAUUGCACAUGCCAAGUCCAAUUGAAUAAAAACUCUAUUUGGCCCAAAGUAAACGAACACAGUGGUGAUGGAGGUGAUACGGCGGCUCGUCGGCGAAUACUUGAGGCAAACCCUAAUCAAUACAUCUCAGAUUAAGCCCAUUCUAAAACCAAGAAUUUUCUCUUCUUCAUCAUCUUCUUAUUCUACUCAAGUAGGCUGGUUUAAUGGGUUGGGAAAGAAAAAAAAGAUUAUCAGUUUACCAUCUAUUGUGCAAGUCGGUGACCCGGUUCUUCAUGAACCCGCCCGAGAAGUCAUGGUUGGAGAAAUCGGGUCGGAGCGUAUCCAGAAGAUAAUUGAUGAUAUGAUUCAAGUUAUGAAAAGACGACCCGGAGUUGGCCUUGCUGCUCCCCAAAUUGGUAUUCCUUUAAAAAUUAUUGUAGUGGAGGAUACUAAAGAAUACAUAGCACAAGAACCAAAAGAAGAGUCCAAGGCACAUGACAGGCAUCCUUUUGAUCUUAUGGUUAUUUUGAACCCAAAACUUAGAAAAAAGAGCAACAAGUCAGCAUUGUUUUUUGAAGGCUAUUUAAGUGUUGAUGGAUACAGAGCAUUGGUUGAAAGGUUUCUUGAGGUAGAGGUUAGGGGGUUGGAUCGAGAUGGGAAGCCCAUGAAGGUGAAUGCUAGUGGGUGGCAGGCUCGUAUUUUACAACACGAAUGUGAUCAUCUAGAGGGAACUCUGUAUGUUGACAAGAUGGUGAAACAAACAUUCAGGACCAUUGAGAACGUGGACUUACCUCUUGCUAGUAGCUGUCCUAAGCAGGGUGUUUGCUAGCAUUAUGGUUUCAAGGUCUAUUCAGUAUGAGUACUAGGCUACCAGUUAUGGUCGCUUUGCCAAGAAUACUUUAGAAGAUUUAUCAUCUUUUAGUCGGGAAAUUAUAGUGUCAUAGCUUGGAUGUUGAAAAAUAAAGAGCUUCCAAAAUGGGAUCAUCAGUAUUCAUAGGUAUGAUCCCUUGAUGUCAGACAUUACGAGUGACAUAUUGAAUGUUCAUGCAACCGAUUGAUAUAGAAUUUAAAAAAAAAAAAAUAAUAUCCCUGAACAGUUUUAUACCAAAAUCGAUCUUGGCUACAUGAACCACCUGAUUGUCUAAACCUUUUUGGUCUGAUGUUCUUAUUAUUCAACAAAUCUGUAGCAAUUUUUAAUCUUAAUUGUUUCUUGGUAA